GCGCGGAAAGCUGAGCUUUACCACUGCACGUGAAUGCAGCACUGGUUGAGUCAAAAAACGAAAGAGAAAAUCUCUGAACAUUUUUGGGGGAUUUAUUCAUCUACAUCGGUGCGUGAUUGCUGUCGACCGAUUUCUUUUAAGGUAUUUUAUCAAUGUUCAGCUGAUGGUGGAUUUACACCUGUUCCUGUUUGUUUCUAUCUUUUUAUUCUUCUGUCGCUGCUGCCUGAGCAAACUGAACAUGAGCAGAAUCUGCAAAACAUUCCCCGAGGCUUUGUCUGCAAUCAAUCCAUUCAGAUACCAUGGCUUGAAGAACCAUGGAGCAACCUGUUACCUGAACAGUGUUCUGCAGGUUCUGUUUAUGACUGAGGACUUCAGGGAAGCUGUGAACAGCAGUUCCAAGUCUGAGUUUAUUGAUCAUCACCUUAAAGAUCUGUUCAAAAAUCUAUUGACACAAACCUCAGACUCAUCCAGCAUAAUCCAAGCUCUUGGAAUAGAAAGAGUGUACGAACAGCAAGACGCAGCAGAGUACUGUCAGAAGAUUUUAAGGAUGACCAGUCCCGAUGCAGCAAAGAUCUUUCAUGGGCAGAUGACAGAGAGAACCACAUGUCUGUCAUGUCAAAAACAGUAUGACACAGAUGUACCAUUCUGGCUUCUUCCACUGUCACUGGUCAAUUCUGGGAGUGACAACAGUGUGGACGGCAACAUCGAGAAAUUUUUCAGAAUUUCCUCUUUCAGUGGAGAAAAUCAGAUCUACUGUGAAAAGUGUGACAAAAAAUCAGAUGCUACAAGUGUAUCAGUAGUAAAACAUCAUCCAGAUGUUUUGAUUCUGCUGCUGAAGAGGUUUAUUUUCUGCUACAAUUACAUGACGUACAUCAAAGUCAACCUUCCUGUGGAAGUGCCAUUCUCCAUGAAGAUUCCAGAGAAUCAGACAUAUGAGCUGUACGCUGUUAUCGACCAUUUCGGGGAUCUGAGAAGUGGACACUACAGCUCAAGAAUCCGGUCUCAGCCAGACAGUGGAUGGUACCAGUUCAACGAUAACUCAGUCACAGCUCUUGGAUGCUGUAAAUUAUCAAAAAAUGGUGACACAGAGAAAUCCAAAAGUGCAUAUCUUUUGUUUUAUAGAAAGAAAGACAUUGAAAACUCUCUGACAUCAAAUGGGGGUUUUUCAUCAGCCAUCAGUGAGGAUCCUGGAGCUGAAAAGCGAGCACACAGUGCCGAUAAGGAGAAGCUUCUCCCUCCUGGAGUUUCACUUAAAGCCCAAAACUCAGCAAAAAAUGAACCAGUUGGUUUAGAUGAGAUUGAAAUUUCUGAUAAUUACAUGACUGAACCAAAGCUGAAUGAUUAUGUUUGUAAAGAAGAUGGUUUGAGGAGAACUGAUGUAGAAAAAGAGAAAAGGGAGAAGGUCCAGGCAGAAAAUCUGCAGCAGCAUUCAGAUCAAAGUGAGGGUGAAGGAUUCAGAAACGUGAACAGGGCUGAACAUCCCAGUAUCAGGCUAAAUGAGGAGAGAGAUGCUGCUAAACCUGCAGAUUUUGAUGGAGAAGUGAAUGAUAAACGAAUGAAGACAGAUAUGCUAGAGGAAGGAGACGAAGGGGUUUCAGGUUAUAGAACAACUGAAACAAGAAACCCUGGAGUUCAGGACAGACAGUUUGCAGAAGGUGAUCAGAGAUGUGAAAGAUCAACCAGCGGUGUCUUGUCUUUAGACCCUCUGCAGGAAGAAGAGGGAAGAGCUCAAGAAGAUGAAGAUCCCAAAGUCAGACCUUCUCAGGCGACUACAUUUUUUAUGUCAAAGCCUGUUGAGAUCCUGAACAAGAGGAAAUUACCUGAUGAUCUGACCAACCCAGACCAAAAAAAAAAAAUUAGAAAUAAAAAAAAUCCAUCUGUAAACCUGGAGAAUGGAAAACAUCCAGGAUUACAGCAGAGCGGAAAAGCAGAAAAUCAAACAGAUGAGAGAUUGGAAAAAUCAGAACUAGAAGGUUUUCAAGCAGGAAGUGGAUUUCAGGAAGUUGCUGAUGGAAGACCGAGCCCAAAGCAGAUGAAUGUUUUGGUGUUGGAGGAAGAGGAGCAGGUCAUUUCUAUUGUUGGUAAAAAGAUCAUAGUAAAAGUUAUAGAGGAAACCCUCUACAACAGCAUCAAAACAUACCAUGGACAUAAUCAAUGAAAUGUUGUCCAAAAAAAAAUCCCCAGAAAAAUAACAACAAGAAAUUUUUAAAUAGAUAUUUGUGAACAAAAAAAGCAAACACACAAGGCCAGGGAAGAGUUAUGUAAAUGUAUGUUAAAUACUCGUGGGAUAUAGUUCCUAAAAGGUCAUGAUGGUUCUAACAACGGAAAGCCUCUCAAAGUGGAAGAAAAGCAGAAAACAAUUUAAACGUGUCUAUAAAUGUUAUAUAUUUUAGGGUGAUAUGACUUUGGGCUGUUACUGAAAUUCAAUAAAUUCUAAGUUUUGUUACAUUACUUUUUUGUGUCAUUGACACAAAGGGAUGAUGGGAGAUCUCUGCAAACACAUCCCAUAUUUUUGUUCAGUUAUUCUCUUCUGUUUUAUUUGAAAGUACUUUGACAGAUUUCUCUGGUUUCCAUAAAAUGGUAUGUUCUUUGAUUGCAUUAAAAAUAAACAUACAUGACAGACGUG